GGUGCACAGGUGCGCUCCAUAGACCGUCUUCUUUGUAUUCGGUCACUAUUUCGAUAGCUUUUGUUGACGCUUACUACGUCUUACUAGGAUUCCAGUGAGGAGCGUCCGUCGUGCUUUGACCUGCGAUUCGCGAAAAACUGCGCGCAAAACUGGAAAAGUGAGAGUGUGUGUGUAGUACACCGAACGAAAACUGUGACACUCGAAAACGAUUUACCAAAACCUCGCCUCGGACAGUGCGAAUCGGCCCGAAAAAACUUAUAAAUGGGUUUGUUUUCAUUUGAAUGGCGAGUCUAUUUUUAAGCCAACUAAAAUAGAUCAGUGACAGUUAUGCAUUGGACAUAAUUUGGAGUAAAAUCGAAACACAAAAAUCGCGCUCGCAAAAAUGACUGCCCGUUCGACGAGGGGCACUAGUGACGAUCAAUCUUCUUCAACAGACAGCCUGUGAUGUUACAGUGUUAAAUGUGAUUGUAAAUAACAGAUUAUUUAUUAAUUUAUUUUGUGUUAUUCUCUGUGUAAAUAUUGUUAUCUAGUCAAUGUAUAUAGACAUUCUGAGACCCUACAGCGGGAUGGGCAUAAAAACAAUGAAGGCUUUCAGCAGGCAGAAAGAUAUCCCGACGCAGGUACCGCCACUGACGCCGGGCACGAACAAGACGAUGGCCGAGGCGCUCAAAGCGUCUUUCGCAUCGUGGGAAAAAGAGCAACUCCGAUUAAACAUAACCAAAGAUCCGAGACAGUGGACCGAAAACCACGUGGCCCAUUGGCUGCAAUGGGCCGCCAAAGAGUUCUCCCUGGACUGCAUUCCACUGAACCAGUUCAGGAUGAAGGGGAAGGACAUCUGUGCCAUGGGAAAGGACGCCUUCUCCGCGAGGGCGCCCGCCUUCGUCGGCGACAUCUUGUGGGAACAUUUGGAGCUUCUCCAGAAGGAUCUGGAGAAAGAGCGGGCCAUGAACAAUUCCGUGGUGUCGAAUAACAUGUACGAACCCAUGUGUGUGCCAGAACUUGGUGCUUACAUCGACUACACCCAAGCACCAACGGUGCUUUCUGGAGACGAUAGGAAAUCGGUGCCGGUGUCGUCGAUCACGAAUCCCGCAGGGACGCCAACAGCGCCCCAGUCCACGAAUAACAAUUUUUUACACGAAGGAGUCUAUGGGCAGUUAAGAAGUCCAGCCUGCCCUCCCGCGGAUACAGAAAUAAGAGAAGAAGGCUCACCUCCCCCUGGUCCUCCUUCAGGGUAUCUGCAGCACCUCCAGCGAAGCCCCGCCUACCACCAUUUAAAAGAUGGUUACAAAGGUACUUGUCCGACGGGCAGCGAGUCGACAGGGGGCAAUUUCGGUGGUAUCGACGGGAGCCUACAGACGCUGAACAGCGACGAUCAGUCGCACCUGUUCCAGACGCCGCAAACUCACUAUACGCAGGAGGAGCACGAGUACCAAGCACUGGAACCCCAUCAGCAGCAGUACCUCGACAACUCCCCUGAAUUUUACGCCGCCAACCAUCUACUAGAACCAAAAUACAACCCCGCUCACAAUUAUGUAAAAAACUAUGUGCGAGGAGCUGGAAGGUACAACGAUGGAUACGGCGACACCUACGGUUCCCCCUACGACACGACACCGUUCCAGACGGUGCCCAGCGGCGCCAACAGCGGACCGGAUCAGUGGGGCCACAACCACGAUCUCUCGCUCGCCCACCAUGCACACGGACACCCUGCUUUCCUCUCCGCCGGUAUGGCUAGAGACCAGCUCAACGCCAUGCAGGACACCAAGCCUAUGAUCCAGAACGGGAUGAUAGCCGGGUACCCGAGCAAUCCUAGCGCCGGAGGGCCCUGUUUUACUGGAUCAGGGCCUAUCCAGCUGUGGCAAUUCCUACUAGAAUUACUGACCGACAAGUCAUGCCAAGGCUUCAUCUCCUGGACAGGAGACGGCUGGGAGUUCAAAUUGACCGAUCCUGACGAGGUCGCCAGGAGAUGGGGUAUUCGCAAGAACAAGCCAAAAAUGAACUACGAGAAACUGUCCCGCGGACUCCGGUACUAUUACGAUAAGAAUAUUAUUCACAAGACUGCUGGCAAACGUUAUGUUUAUCGCUUCGUGUGUGAUCUUCAAACACUACUUGGAUACAGCCCAGAGGAACUUCACGCAAUGGUAGAUCUCAAACCGGAAAAGAAGGAAGAUGACUGAAUGAACCCGUAACUCGUCAAGAAACCUUGGUGCCUAAUGAUAAUUAAAUCAAAUCAUGCUGAUCAAAAA